GCUGGAGUAUUAACAUUAUUACAAGCUUUAGGUAAAGGAUAUCAAGCUGUAUGUAAUUAUAACUGUAAGAAAGCUAUAGAAUAUUUAAACGACCUCCCAGAGCACCAAUACAACACUGGUUGGGUGUUAUCACAAGUGGCCAAAGCUUAUUACGACCUUGCAGACUAUCAUAAGGCAAAAAGACUGUUUGAAGAAAUACGACGUAUGGAACCUUAUUAUAUAGACAGUAUGGAUCUGUACAGUACAACAUUGUGGCAUCUACAACUGGAGGUCGAACUCUCUACAUUAGCCAAAGAUCUCACAGAGCUUGAUAAACAUUCACCUCAGGCCUGGUGUGCUACUGGUAACUGUUUUAGCUUGCAACAAGAGCAUGAUCUAGCUAUAAAAUUCUUUCAAAGAGCAUUACAGGUUGAUCCUGACUGUUCCUAUGCCUACACUUUAUUAGGACAUGAAUAUGUUAUAACUGAGGAGUUAGAUAAAGCUAUGGCAUGUUUCCGUAAUGCUGUCAGAGUUGACAUGAGAUUAUAUAUAGCAUGGUAUGGUAUUGGUCAAAUUUACCAUAAACAAGAAAAAUAUAAUUUAGCUGAACUUCAUUUUCGAAGAGCAUUAUCCAUAAACCCAGAGAGUUCAGUUUUAUUAUGUCACAUAGCUGUGGUUCAACACGCCCAACAGAAAUCAGAGGCUGCAUUAAAAACAUUAGAUAAAGCCAUUGCAACAGAUCCUAAGAACGCUCUGUGUAAAUUCCAUCGUGCUUCCAUUUUAUUUGCUACAGAUAAAGAUACGGAAGCACUAAAAGAAUUGGAAGAAUUGAAACAGAUAGUACCUAAAGAAUCUUUGGUAUAUUUCCUGAUAGGAAAGGUACAUAGGAAAUUGGGCAAUACUCACCUAUCACUGAUGAAUUUCUCUUGGGCCAUGGACCUAGAUCCUCAGGGUGUCAACAACCAUAUAAAAGAAGCAAUAGAUAAACGGUAUUCUACAGAUGCUGAUGAUGAUGAUCCUUUCUUCAGAAUGAGUGAUGGAGGUAAGCAUUUUUUUUUAGCUAUAGGACUGUAA